ACUCCGCGCGCCCCUUCUCGGGCCGGGCGAGGUGGCCGUGAGUGCCGCGCUCCGGGCGCCUGCUCCUCGGUCGGUGGCUGUGUCGGCGUCGCCGGUGGCGGCAUGGCGGCCCCAGCAGUCCUCGCGGCCCCGCGGGCGGCGCGACUCCUGUGGCCGGCGCUGAGCGCCUGGCGCUCGCUGCACGUCACGGCGGCCAGAAAUGAAGCCGUUGUGAUUUCUGGAAAGAAGCUGGCCCAGCAGAUCAGGCAGGAGGCCCGGCAGGAAGUGGAGCAGUGGGUCGCCUUGGGUAACAAGAGGCCCCACCUGAGCGUCGUCCUGGUGGGAGAAAACCCUGCCAGCCACUCCUAUGUCUUGAACAAGACCAAGGCUGCGGCAGAUGUGGGAAUCAGCAGCGAAACAAUUUUGAAGCCUGCCUCCAUUUCAGAGGAAGAGCUGCUGGAUUUGAUCAGCAAGCUCAACGAUGAUGACAGUGUGGACGGCCUCCUGGUCCAGCUCCCUCUUCCUGAGCACAUCGAUGAGAGAAAGGUGUGCAAUGCUGUGGCUCCAGAUAAAGACGUGGAUGGAUUUCACGUGAUCAAUGUGGGGCGCAUGUGCCUGGACCAGUACUCCAUGCUCCCUGCGACGCCCUGGGGGGUGUGGGAGAUCAUCAAGCGGACAGGCAUUCCCACUCUGGGCAAGAAUGUGGUUGUGGCCGGCAGGUCCAAGAACGUUGGCAUGCCCAUAGCAAUGUUGCUGCAUACAGAUGGCAGGCAUGAACGUCCUGGAGGGGACGCCACGGUGACGAUAUCUCACCGUUACACGCCCAAGGAGCAGCUGAAGAAGCACACGAUUCUUGCGGAUAUUGUGGUAUCUGCCGCCGGCAUCCCUAAUCUAAUCACAGCAGACAUGAUCAAGGAAGGUGCUGCUGUCAUCGAUGUGGGGAUAAAUCGAAUCCACGAUCCCAUCACUGCCAAGCCCAAAUUAGUGGGAGAUGUGGAUUUUGAAGAAGUCAAGAAGAAAGCCAGCUACAUCACUCAGGUCUCUGGGGGCGUGGGUCCCAUGACGGUUGCCAUGCUGAUGAAGAACACCAUCAUUGCUGCAAAGAAGCUGUUGAAGCCUGAGGAGCGGGAAGUGAAGGCCAAACAGUUUGCGGCAGCCACCUCUUAAUGGAGAUCUCUUUAUUUAAAAAAAAAACCACAAAAAACAUUCCAAGUAAUUUAAAAAAAAAAGAAGCAAAACAGGCCGAUAGAAAUGCAAUAUUUUAAUUUAUUCUACUGAGAUAAUGUUCUGAUAUUUGUUCGCAGUCAGGCUAUUUAUUGAAAGCGUUAGUGUAGGCAGCUGUGUGUGCUCACAGAGACCCGUGUCACCCCUUCUGAGAUGGCUGCAGGGUGGUGCUGGCUCCUGCAGCCUUGCCCAGGGAAAAUGGAGCUUGUCGCAUUGGGCGCUCCUAGCAACUGAGGCCAUUGACAGUUAAAACCCAUAAGGCACAGGACCCCGAAUCACAUGGAGCCAGAAGAGACUUGACGGGCCGUUGAGUCGGAGUGACUGCAUUAUUGUGGUGACUUGAUAAAGUCAGGUUGCCUUACAAUAUUAUCCUCCUGAACUCAUCCGUGGUCCCCUAAAGGAAGUCUAGAGGUUAGUCUCAGUUGGCUAGACUCAGUAGUUCAGAUGGAAGGAAAAGGGAACCCACCAUGUAAUCUGGAACACGGGCAGGGGAACAUCUUAGCUAGGCCCUCCGCACCCCAAGAAAUAGUAGUCUGCUGGUUCCCAUAAAUGCCACCCACAGCUGUGCCAGUCUGGAGCAAAGGUGGGCGCUCUUUCAGGCCAAAGCCCUUGGUGGGGCGGAAUGAGGCUCAGAAGUGUCGUCACUCAGGAGCUGGCCAACAGGAAAUGGCUGUUUUUGAAACAGGCCCUGCCUGUCCUCUUCUUGUGGGGUGUGGGGGAGUUAGUGGCCUGGAACUGAUUACAAAGAACUUCGUGUUUGACUUCAAGGUUGUGAUUCAAAUUAUACACAUUGGCUGUAACAGAAAGAACGCAGACCUGAAAGGAGCUCUGACUUGGGGACAUUUUGUGCUCUGGGGGAUGCCAGGAGUUUAUUUUGGGCACAUCCCCCUCAGACUUGUGGGAAGGGGCUGGGGGUGGGGCCUUGGCUGGCGCAGGCCUUCAAGAUCCCCAGCACUCUCCUGAUAACCAAAGAAUUUGCAGUGGCUGCUGCUUCCUUUCCACUCAGCUCCCUGUUGCCUUUCUGGAAAGUCUUUGAAAGCUUGCAGUGCUUACCAAAUUACCCAACCAGAUUUUUGAUUAAAGCAGUUUUCUAAAAAAAUGAAAAA